GGUCGGGCGCUUUUGGCAGGGGCGAAUUAAACUAACCACGGUAGCUUUCGGUUUCUUUUCCUGGAAACGGCUUCUCUUCUCGCUGCGGAUCAUCCUGGCCCUUUUCUUUGCCUGAGGUUAUCUGAGACUGGCGGCGGCCAGCCCCUUCCUCUCUCUAUUCUUACCCUUGUCUUCUCAGGACCCAGAGUCUGACACUCCCUGGACUCAGACCCUUAGCUAAAGGGCGGAGAGACACAGAGGAACCCAGCUCAGGACCCCGGACAGCGCCCCGCCCAUGGCUGGCUCUCGAUUUCUGGGGUCCCUCCAAAGCCCCAGAACUCUUUCUGGGGGUCCAUGGGCGCUGCUGCUGCUGUUGCUCAUUGAUUGGGGGCUGCUCCGUCCGGCACUGCCUCAGCUCCUGCUCUUUCUCCUGCCAUCUGGACCUCCCCUGCUCCGGCUCUGGGUGGUCGGCCUGGGCCGUUGGGGAAUGUUGUGGCUGGGGGUACGCUGGACCACUAACCAGGAAGGGGUCGGCGCUAAAAGCUGGAGGACUACGCUGGGGACUCUGACAGCAGCGCUGGGGUUGGCGCUGCCCGGGCUCGCCUCCUUCAGAGCUCUAGGAGUGGGGGAGGCUCCGAGCGGUGGAGGUGGGGCCGGACUGCUGCACUGGGGGAGCCGGUUCGACGCUUUCGCUCUCAGCUAUGCCGUGGCACUGCCGGCACUUGUCCUGUGGCAGAUACUUGGAAUUCUUUGGGUGCCCCUGGGUUCCACGGGCUCAGGGUCCAUCCUGCACCGGCUGCUGGGCUUCCUGGGCCCAGAACUGCGUCGCUUCCCACUAGUGAUGUUCUUCCUCCUGUUGUCCUGUCUAGGAGAGAUGGCUGUCCCAUUCUUCACUGGUCGCUUCACAGACUGGAUCCUACAGGAUGAAGCAGCAGCUAUUUUCACCCAAAACAUUGCUCUCAUGUCGAUCCUCACGCUAGCCAGUGCUUUGUUAGAGCUCUUUGGUGAUGGAAUUUAUAAGUACUCAAUGGGCAAGGCCCACAGCAACCUUCAGGGACAAGUGUUCCGGGCUGUGCUUUCCCAGGAGAUUGACUUUUUUCAACAGAACCAAACAGGUGCUAUCACCUCUCGGGUGUCAGAGGACACAGCCAUGCUGAGUGAGUCCCUGAGUAAGGAGCUAAACCUUCUCUUGUGGUACUUGUUUCGAGGACUGUGUCUGCUGGGACUUAUGCUCUGGGGGUCCCCAACACUCACCCUGGUCACACUUUUUGCUUUGCCUGUGCUCUUCUUUGUGCCCAAGGAACUGGGCAAGUGGCGUGAGUCUCUGGCAGUCCAAGUGCAGACAUCCUUGGCAGACUCGAGCCAGGUGGCUGUGGAGGCACUGUCUGCUAUGCCCACAGUCAGAAGCUUUGCCAAUGAGGAAGGAGAGGCACGGAGGUUUGCCCAUCAGCUACAGAAGACACAGAAACUUAACCAGAAGGAGGCACUGGCCUAUGCUGUCAGCAUGUGGGCCACCGAUAUCCAGUUUACCACGGCUGUUAAGGUGCUGCUCUCCACUAUUCCCAGCGUACAGAAGGCUGUGGGAUCCUCAGAGAAGAUCUUUGAGUACUUAGAUCGGAUACCUCAAUGCCCUUCCAGCGGUCCCCUGGCACCUCAUAACCUGCAUGGCCUUGUAGAGUUCCAAGAUGUAUUCUUUGCUUACCCCAGCCACCCAGAUGUCUUGGUCCUCCAGGGAGUGAAAUUCACUCUGUACCCUGGGAAAGUGACAGCUCUAGUGGGGCCCAAUGGGGCUGGGAAGAGCUCAGUGGCUGCAUUGCUGCAGAAUCUGUAUCAGCCCACAGGGGGCCAGCUGCUGCUGGAUGGAAAGCCAUUGCCCCAAUACCAGCAUCAAUACCUGCACUCACAGGUGGCUGCAGUGUCACAAGAGCCACAGCUGUUUGGUCGGAAUCUAUGUGAAAACAUAGCCUACGGGCUGGGCCAGAAGCCAGAGCUGGAGGAGAUCAUGAAGGCUGCCAGGGAGGCUGGAGCUCACAGUUUCAUCUCUCAGUUGCCCCAGGGCUACUAUACAGAGAUAGGAGAGUCUGGGAGCCAGCUGUCAGGUGGUCAGAGGCAAGCGGUGGCCCUGGCUCGGGCUCUGAUCCGGAACCCCCGGGUCCUCAUCUUAGAUGAUGCCACCAGUGCCCUGGAUACAGACAACCAGUUAAGGGUGGAGCAACUAGUGUAUGAGGCCCCCAGGAGGGCCUCUCAGGCAGUGUUACUCAUCACCCAGCAUCUCAGCUCUGUGGAAAGGGCUGAUCAUAUACUCUUCCUGGAGGAUGGGGUCAUUCAGGAGAGUGGGACCCAUAGGCAGCUCAUGGAGCUAAGAGGCCGAUACUGGACCAUGGUGGAAGGCACAGGUGGGAACUCAGAUCCUCAGGAAUGAGGGACAUACUCCAAUUCCCAUUAUGGGAGAAGCUUCUUCUCUCAGCUCCUGAAGUUGGAAGGACAGAGGAAGAGUUUCAGACUCGUUUUUGCCACAUGAUAUGAUUUGGCAGUUCCAGAAACAGUUUCCACACCACGAUUAUACUCCUACUAGUUAUGUUGACAUCAUCAACAUCCAUUCCUUUGGUUUAAGGUUUUCUACUUGUGGCUCCCCUUUUAAAUUACAAGUGCUAGUGGAGGGAAAGGCAAAGAAGCCUUUGAUAGGAACAACUUAGUGGGAAUUCAUUCAUUCUUUGAACAAGCAUUUAUUAAGCACCAACUUUGUGCCUGCACUGUUCUAGGCACUGAAGAAAUGAAGGCAGAAGCAAAACACUCCCUGGCCCCAAGGAAAUUAUCUUUUACUACUGCCUAGUUUUAGAGCUUGCCAAGGAUGGAUAACAACAGUAGUUAUCAGUCAUAGUUUAUAGAGCCAGAGUUCAAGGUCUUUGAGUUGAAAGGGCACAGAAAGUGAAGAAUAAAGUUACCAGAAAGGUUGACUGGGAUGUCUCCAUAUACACUGUGGUGAUAGGGGCAUUGCAGGAUAAAUUCUCUAUUCAGCUGACACAGAAGGAUUGUAGAAAUGGUUGAUGCUGAGAAUAAACUUGGUAUUUUCUUAAGUUUUC